AUGCCAUCCGAUUCACAAUUUUUUCAGGGUUCAACCAAUAGAGAAUUUAUUGGCGAUCGUGUUGAUGGUCGUGGCAUGGAGGGUUUUAAUGAUCUUAAUAAAGAAGAUCAAACUGAAUUGAAAGCGAACUUUGGUUCAUCAACUGUUAGGCUAAAACGUAAAGGUGAUAAAACAUUAAUUUUAACAAAUGAAAAUGGUGAUGUACAAAAGGCUAAACAAUCAAAAAAAAAGAGAAUUCUAAUUCAACACCUGAACAAGAAAGAAACAAAUGAACUAAGAAAGGAAGUACCAAAUGAUGUUUUUAAAGAAUUACUUGAACAUAAUCAACAAAAAAUUGUUACUGGAGAAUCACAUUUAAUUGAUACAGUUACAUAUUGUAUGGCUUUUGGAGCAUUAGAACAUUGUCCCGAAUGUGGAGGAUUUCUUAUUUUUAAUUAUACAUGUUAUCGUUGUACAGGUGAUGUGACAGAACAGACGAAAUGUUCCUAUACAACAACAACACCAACAAGAAAACCAUUUGAUAUACCUGAUGAUAUUAAAUCAGAAUAUGAUGAUUUGUAA